AUGCCAGAAGAUUUCUUAAAAUUGAAUUUGAAUUGGAUUUGCACAAUCGAUAAUCGUGCUGGACAUACGGCCAUAUUAACCCCAGAAGGUAAAAUCAUUAUUCACGGAGGUUCUAAGAUCAUUGCAAACAUAUUCGACGCUUCGGCUACGCCAGAAAUAUUCGUUUUAAAUAUGGAAGCAGAACAAUUUGAAUUUAGUGAACCACCGAUUGUAUCAAAUAUUGGAAAUGAAACAGGAGCAAAAUCAACAAACUUUCCAAUUAUCAUUAUAAUCUAUUCAGUUACUGGAACUUUAGGUGCUGCGAUGAUUGUGGUAUCCGUAAUUUUUAUUUACAGACGCAUGCGCACACGUAAUAGUAAUAAUAAACGCAAUAGUGUUGGUCAUAUGGUUCCUGAACAGGUAGAAUUUGAUAAUUCUGGUAAAAUUGAAGAACAACAUAAUUUACCUGGUCAAGCUGUUCCAUUAUAA